CUCGCUUGGAACGCUUGGGGUGUUUGUUAACCCAACGCCAACCCCACCGCGGCCGACUCGCUGCUCUCUCAAUCUAUGCCGUCGGUCACCAAGACGGGAGAGUCGCCAAGUGCCUCCAAUAGCCCAAGACCAUCAUCACCUCAUGGUGACGUAGCUACUUCGGCAGCGUCGUCUGAAGUUCCUGGAUUGGGCAGCGACAUGGAGCAGGACUUCAGCAUCUCGUGGACGAUUGAGCACCUACAUCUGUACAACCCCGACUUUCAACUUACGCCUGAAGUCAUAGAUCUGCUCCAUCGUUUCUUCCACCAGCUUGACCCGGACGACCGUGGAGUUAUAUCAGGGACAGCGCUCAUGGAAAAGAUCCGACAAGUCGAUCCGCACGAAAUCCACUUCACGACGGACCAGUUGCAUCAACUGAACGAAGAAAAGCUACAGCUACGCAAGCAACAAAGGUCUCAGUUGUCGUCCUUCCACGACGAAGUGUCCCCCGACGACGUUACUUUCGACGAGUUCUGCACCCUUGUCAUGCGAUGGAAGGAGAUCAGUCCUGUGGGCGUGCAGAUGGUGUACACGACGUGGGUCAAAGAGAUGGGCGCCGUCGAAUUCGGGCUGGUGAACGAGACAGAUGGGAUGUUUAUGCUGGAUCUACCUCCCAGUCCCAGUGCCCAUCACGCCGACCCCGCCGUCGCCGCUCCCGUCUCGACCCCCGCCUCUUCGUCUUCUUCCACACCUGCAGGCGCCACCACCGUGGAUGCAACGUCGACCGAAUUUCGUUCGUUUGUGGCUGGAGGGUUGGCUGGCGUGAUUGCCAAGUCCAUGUUGUCGCCUGUGGAUCGGGUCAAGCUGCUCUUCCAAGUGAGCGACCACCUGCGCUUCUCGCUGCGCAAUGCGUUGUACAUGGCAUCGGACAUUGUGAAACGAGACGGGGUGCAAGCACUGUUUCGAGGCAACACGAUCAACUUGGUCAAGGUGUUCAUGUCGGCCGGGAUCCAGCACUCAUCCUUUGACUACGUCCGGCGGCGCUUCCACGAGUCCAACUGCAACAAUCACGACGGCUCGGCUCCGUAUGUGAAGAAGCUAUCCAACACCCAGCUCAUUGCGUCGGGGUCCAUUGCCGGCAUGCUCUCGACCAUGUGCACGUACCCGAUCGAUGUUGUUCGCACGCGGUACAUGGUGCAACAAGGCAAAAUCAAGUACUCGAACGUGCUGGAUGCGGUUGUGUGCAUGUACAAGGCAGAGGGCAUUCGGUCGUUCAGUCGGGGGCUGUUUGUCAACCUGGUCGGCAUCGUGCCAUACACAGGCAUUGGAUUUUCGCUGAACGAGCGGUUCAAGCAAAGCAUGGUGGAGUUCCAGCACCAGUACUUUGCCCCAGCCAACCCGGACUCGUUCCAGCUCUCUCCGUUCUCUAAGUUUAUGUGCAGCUACUUGGCAGGGUCGAUUGCGCAGACGGUGACAUAUCCCCUCGACACGGUGCGAAGGCGCAUUCAAACGGACGGGUAUGUCACGGGGGCGGGCGACACCCGCAGGUACCUCAACAUGCGCACGACGGUCAAGGCCAUCCUCGAGCAAGAAGGUCUCCGCGGGUUUUAUAAAGGGGCGUCGGUCACGUGGCUGCGCGGACCGCUCGCGACCGGCAUCAGUUUGACCGCAUACGACUUGUUAAAGGAGAUUCUCGGCGUUGAAAAAGUUUAAAUCACCCGUGUCUCAUGCUAGUCACCCGGAUGCGCAUCAUGCCGACGCAUGGUUGGACGAUGCACGGGCUUCAUGUACGGCUGCCGUUGCAUUCAAGCACCCACACGUCGUUCAGGUCCGCUUCGGGAGUCAUCCCACCAAACACAACGAACGUCGACUCGUCCACGACACACGCGCAGUGCGCGAAGCGGCCAGCCAGGCCUGUCGCCGUCUCUUCGGGGUCCAUGAAGGCCACAUCGAUGACGUGCUGGUUUGGGCAAGUCGAAGGGUCUUUUGGCUGGCCGACGACGAGUUGCAAUGGCACAGGGCGCAUUUGGCAGAUCGAGGUGUCCCUAUAGCCUGCACUUGAGGAAGUGAGACGACUGUGUUCUUGACAACGC